AUGUAUAUGGCUUAUAAUAUUGAAGUUGCCCAUAGACUUUUUAAAGAAUUACAAAAAGACCCUCAUUAUCAAAAUAAGGCUUGUUUAAUUGUCAGCAAGCAGCAUCAUUAUCAAUCUUCUGAACUUAUUAAUGCUAUUGGUAAAGAAAAAGAAAAUAUCAGAAACUUCAAAGACCCUCAUUCAAACUUAAACAUUGCUAUAGUGGUUGAUAAAUUAACUACUGGAUUUAACAUGGAAAACUUGGAAAGGAUUUAUUUAGACCAACAAAUCACCGCUCCCCACAAUUUUUUUCAAAAAAUAUCGCGGGUUAACCGAAAAUAUUCGGACAAAAACCAAGGAUUUGUAGUCGAUUUGGUGGGAAAUGAAGAAACUUAUCAAAAAGUAUUAAUUGAAUAUUUUGAGGAUAAAAGUGGGGAACUUUAUCAAUUACUUUUUAAUCAUAAACAAAUUAACCAGAAGCCUUUUUUUGAUGAGGCUUGGAAUUACUGUGUAGGAAAAACCGAAGAAGCGAGGAAAGAUUUUUUUUCGGAAACUAAAUCAUUACGCCUAACCCUUAGUUCUCAGUGGUAUAUUGCGGGCAAAGAAAAAGUUGAAAAGGAGAAAAAUUUGGAAUUUGUUAAUUGGUGCUUUCGAUUAGGUUGUCAUUUUAAUUUUGAUGUUCCUGAUGAGCCAAUCAUAGAAGAUGAAGAAAAAAAACGCAUUACCGAAGCCGGAAAAGUAGAAGACGCCACAUUAAGUCCUUUAAUAGUCAACCAAGCACAAAAUUUAGCUUCAGUCGGUUGCAAACCAAUAUUUAUUCAAUCUUUUACUUCUUUGGGGGGAAAACCAAGUUUCUUUCAAACCAUAGUCAAUUCAGGAGUAAAACCAAAAUGA